AUGAGGGCUCAUCAUCCUGUGGGGCUCUGCUGGAUUGUAAUCGGCCUAUGUUCCCUGAGUUUUGAUACUCUAAUGAUAAAUGCGCAAGGUGAGUUUUUAACGCCGAGUUUCUAGAUUCAACGCCCUGUGCCGUCUCAAACUUAUAUUUAGGGCUGGUUGAUCGUGAUCUCGUAGGUUUCCGCUUUUAGUGUCGUCACGCAACGUUGCGGACGACUCUAAAGACGGCCACCACUAGAAGACCAGGUUGAUCGUAGCUCUGGUUGUUACCUAGAUUUUCCAAAAGUCGACAGAAUCUGCUAACACGUUAUUUUUUUACUAAAUUUUUAAAUAACGUCAGAUAACGCAUCUGAAAAAUGGAAUAUUUGUGAAAACGUCAGGUUUGUAACUGUGUGAAAAAUAUGUACACGAUUUACACUCCAUUUCAGCCCACAAAUCUUCCAUCAUUUCUGGAACAAAGAUGUUUUUGUUUCAGUGUUUCAAUGUAUCGCCUGAUGUAAGGGAAUCCAUCACAGUACUGGAUUCUGGAUUCCAUACCGUGGAUUCCGGAUUCCAGGUACUGGAUUCUGGUCUUUGUCAGUGGAACUUGGAUUCUGGCUUCCAUUCGUUAUUGAGAUUUUGAAUUCCUUGAGUUGCAUUCCGGAUUCCGCAAGCAAAAUUUUCCCGGACCUGCUUACAUAGGGUAUUAAUAAACCCUGCGAUCAGAGGCCUUUUGAUCUUCAUACAUAAGUCGAAGGGCCUCUGCUCGCAGGGUAACAUGGGGUGAAUAGUGCUGUUCACUAUAUUAAGCAUAAUAAACGUUUCCGUAAGUCAUGUGAUCUGUCACACGACCGUUUAAUGUAAAUUAUAAAUAAAGGAGGAAUUGGUGACGGGCUAAUGAAAAACAAUGAAAUAACACUGAAAUAAUAUUAUUUGCCACGGUCUUUAAUUGAAGUUGCCCUAAUCCAGAGGUCUCUCUAGGCUGACUGAGUGUAUGAUAUUUCCUCUUCUUUAGACAUCUUUAGAUUAUCAGCCGAGUUCGAGGACGCUAGCACUCUUGGGAUAAGUUGGGAUCCGCUUCCGCCUCAAAAUGACUUUCAUGGGUAUGACGUCAUGAUCCUGAAAGAUAACAUGGAAGUGAGGCGUGUUGGAGUGGGUGAUCUUAUGCAAUCUGUGAAAGUUCCUUCCCUAAACCAAUGUUUUAAUUACACUGUCAAAGUGGCAGCUAAUUUCACAGCUGGGCCUGGAAACUAUAGCUCUGUUGAGGUUUUGACACGCUGUGGUAAGUGCUAGGAAACUUUUCAAUGUUAAGAAAGAGGAAAGGAAAGUAAAGAAAUUACUGUGGUUCUAGCGUGCUCCGCGCGCUUGAAAUUUAACGGGAGACGACGCGGAGAUUUAGAAAGAAAUUUCAACGGGAGACGAAAAAGGGAGCGUUGCGGGAAGGAAACUUCUCUUAGAUCCGGGAUCAUGGGAGAAUAACAGCGAAGACGAAUAGAAGAAAUACAGUAACAGAUGCUUCACACUGAGUACACAGUGUCAGUGUACUUACAGAUCUUGCGAAGUAUACCUUAAUACCUAAAAUGAAAGUGCUGAUCUCUACUGACGGAAAAAUAAUUAAAUGGUUGAUGUUAAUUUCAAAAGUCUUUAUCAAGGAGAGAUCACCUUGCUGAGUUACAGGGUGUAUUAUUUAACCGAAAAAUUAUGAUAAAGACGUGUGGGAUAAUUAGCUGGUGCGGUUAUAUUGACUGGUUUUUCGAAUCCGUGUCAGUUACAAUCAGUUAAAGUGCGUCCUUUUCUGUUGUUAGGGAGCUUUGGCAACGACGACGGCGACCGCGGCAGCAAAAAUAUUAGGGACUAUUAGGGAUCCAAUGACGCGGACGGUAACGAGAACGUCAAAAGAACAAUAGGUUUAAAAAGCAAAACAACAACUUUGCACGUGCCAUCACACCUUUUUUGUACAUUUCUUUCCCGCUUAUGCGCGACUGCGACGUGAAAAUGCCUAAUUUCGCGUUUUAUAAAGGGCAUAAAGAAGCAACGACGAAAUUCUAUUCCUCUUUUUGAGCUUGGAUAUGGUCACUUGAAAUUCAGCUUCAGGAGGGUCCGCCUACAUUUGGCAAGUACGUGGGUAGGAAUAACCGCUAUGAAGACUGAAAGAACCCAGAUUCACUUUUUAAGCGACAUUCUCGUUGCUGUCACGUCGUUGGAUCUUAAAGGUGAUGUUACACGGGACAAUUCGCAACGACGAUUUUUAGCGCAACAAAGUGUUGCAAUGUUGAAACAACGCUGCAACCGUUCGAAACAAUAUCGCAACAAUGUUACAACGCUGCAUUGCGCUGAAAAUCGUCGUUGCGAGUUGUCUCGUGUAACAUCACCUCAAAGUCCCUAACGUCACCAUUGAAAGGACUUUGCCGUUUUUUUUUUCAAACUCUGUUUCGAUUAUUCCGAGCGCGUUAAAUCCUCAAAUGUAGCUGAAUUUUCCUGGAACUGAUUUCUUGGAGAAAUUUGUAGUCUUGUGUCUAUGUCCUUCAUAAAACGUCGCUUAAGGGAAUUUCACGUCGUAGUCGUGCAGUUACUGGAAAGAAAUGUUCCAAAAAGCGUGAUGCACGUGCAGAGUUAUUGUUUUGCUGAUCAAACCUAUUAUUUUUUGAUGUUCUCGUUGCCGUCGCCGUCGUCGUUGCUAAAGCUCCCUUUUAAUGUUUUGGUCCUUGUUUUGUUCUAUUGAUCUGCACUGAGUUUUCAUGUUUUUACACAGCUCCACCAUUAAUCAGGCCUCAGACGAAGAAGCUCUACGUCAUGGCUCGAGAGGCCGCCUUUCUACCCUGCGCAAUCUCAGGAUUUCCUGCCCCGACUUUUUACUGGAUAGUAACUUAUCCAACAUUAACUGUAAAUGUUACACUUGCAAGUCCCAUACUUGUUGCUACUCUAGCUGAUGGAACAUCUUUUCCACGGCAGCUCACAGUUUAUGACAAUGGAACUCUUCAUAUUUCCGAAGUAAAUGCUGCUGAUAGCUCAGGACGAUUUCAGUGUACAGCGAUCAAUCAUUUGGGAUCGGCUUACGGGAACGUCAGUUUGGUGUUGGUGGGAGGUAGGAGUGUGAAACAAUUUUGUCAGUACUUUUAGCGGUAUUUGUUAGUUAGUGAUAAUUGAAACGGGUGCAUCCAUCCGUCCGUCCGUACAUCCAUCCAUCCAUCCAUUCAGUUAGACCAGGGAGAUCAGAUAUUGGUUAGGCAAGCUAUCCAAUGAGGAUAAACUGUCAGUUAGCCAUUCUCUUACAGUAACCAGUAAGACCUGGUCAAUUAGUCUGUUGGUCGGCCAGUCAUUCAGUCAGUGAGUCAGUCUGUCUGUCUGUCUAUCAGCCAGUCAGUCAGUCGUUCGGUCAGUAGUUAGCCUCCCGCGCAGACGUUCUUAGGGGUUCGUCACGCAUUCCUGCCCCACGAACGUCUGCUGACUUGAGCGGAAAAAAACGUAGACCAAUCAGAGCAGACUUCCAGAUCUGGGAAGUGCACUUUCGCGCUUGACUUUAUAGCUCCAGAAAAGAUCAGAAAGGUCUCAUGAAAGGUGAAGACCUUUCAGUUUUAAAACAAACUCAGUUAACUCACAAGAGUUCGUACUGGUGGCUACCCUCAGAAUCUCGUUGAAAAAAAUUACCUCGGAGGUUAAAUUUCCUGAACGGAAGUCGGCUUUACUACAAAACAAUAGCGUGUGAAAAAAAAUUCUGCUUUUUGUUCAGUCUUACAAGGUAACCCCGCCGUUGCAUCACCCAAAGAAAGACUUUAUGAGCAAAUGACAUCUAAUCCAGCCUCUACAAAGAGAAAUAUACAAAAAGCUAACGCUUAUCUCCUAUAUUCUCGUCAGGAGCAAAAAUCUUUGGUCACUUAUCACACUCUUCAGAGCUUGUACGUAUGUGUUUGGCUUGUCAACACUUUGACUUCAACAGCGCCGAUUGGAUCUCCGAUAAUCUGCAUGUGAUCUCCAGCCGAUAUUUGCGAACAAUGGGAAAGGAAUUUAUCUUUCAGUUUAGCAGACGUUCGUGGGGCAGAAACGCGUGACGAACCCCUAAGAACGUCUGCGUGGGAGGCUAGUCAGUAGUCAGUCAGUUAGUCAUUAAGUAAGUCAGUCAGACAGUCUGUCAGUUGGACAGUCACAUGGUCAAACCAGCUAUGCCAGUCAGUCGUUUUUUAGUGAAAGAGUAGAGUUCCAUGUCAAAUGUUUUUUCUACUGUUUAAAAUCUGACUAAAGGCUCGAAGGGGCUGAAAGGUUUAUUUUUCGUCAGGCAGUCAGUCGACUGACCGUCAGACUGCGUUCUUCUUUUGCCCUAUUUUUGCCAGGUAAAUGUCCGUGAAAAAUGAGAUUUCUACAUAAACAUAGAAUUGUCAGCUGCUAAAAGUCUGUAUUUAAUCCAUUCAUUCAGUUCAGUAUCCUUGUUCACGUUAAUUGUUGUUUUAUAAUAUUUCAUUUGUAUGUUUCGCUUGUAGAUUAUGCCACUGUUAAUUUCGACCUGACAAUACUAUAUACGGAUGUUGUUGAAGAAAACUUAAAGAAAAACAAACUUGAUUUGUUUAUUGAUCAACAACUUAACUCACAGGUAAGGGUACAAAAAAAAUCAUUUUUUAGACAAAAUAACAUUUCCCGGGAACGGCACCUUCGCCAAAAUCUUCCCAAACGUCGCGCAGACAACGAUGCACGGGAAAACUAGGAACUAGGCUGAUUCAUAAAAAGGGUGCUAAACCAUUCAAGGGCCUAAGGACUCGGAGUCGAAAGGAUCCCCACCCCCACCCCCACCCCCACCCCACCCCCCCGAACAACAACCACACAAAAACAAUAGAGUCAAACCUCUUUAAUACGGACACCAAAGGGACAGAACCAAGUGUCCGCUUUACAGUGCUGUCCGUAUUAUAGAGGUGGGGAAUGUAUGAUUUUUGGUAUUUCUGGGACCAAACGAACUGUCUGUAAUAGAGUGGUGUCCGUAAGGACAGGUGAGACUGUCGCUGCAUGUUAUCAUGGAGCCCCAUAGCUUAGGAAAUGUGGUAAUCUACCAAUCCGAGAAAAUUUGGUAAUCACGUGACCGUACACCGAGCGAGCGAGCGAGCGACCGUCCGUCCGCACCACAGGUAUGGCAACCCAAAUGCAACUCAAGGUUUUAUUUGGAAGGAAAUCACAUGGCCGCCCGGACUUUUAGAAAGAAAAAACAACAAAGUCGUGUCUUUUUCGGCGUUAUUUUUGGUUUAAACUAACGUGGAUAACAGAGAAAGAGCUAGAGCGAGUUAUUGAAAACAAAGGAGACAAAUUUCAUAGAGAGGAAAACAUGGAAAUUCAAAGCGGCGGUGAGAAAAUGAGAAAUGCUAGCGGCCAGCAAGGUGAAAAUGAGCGGCGGUGAAAAAUAAAAGCGAACAUGAACACAGGAAACAAAAUAUUGGGUUAACACAUACGACAAUUCCUCCAUAAAAGUAAUGUGUAACUAGGACGUUUGACGUUUUAGUUGUACAAAACAGCGUUGUAGUCGUGCAAAACAACGGCAAGGGAAAGACAAAAAAGCGUGCUGCACGUGCAAAUUUGCUUUUUGCUAAUUAGAUGAAAAAGUGUGCUGUACGUGCAAUUUGUUUUUUGGCUAAUUAGAUCUAUCAGUCUUGAAGCCAUUUUCAUUGUCGUCUCCGUUUAGCAUUACACGAUUUAAUUUUUUUUGUUUAUAAGUAUUAUUAACCAGAGCUUUGCUUUUAGCCCUGGCUAAAUCUAUAUAUUAAUUUUAUAUAACAACAACAACGAUAAUUACUGCAUGUUAUCUUGGACAUAUAACUGUUUUUAAUUUUAUACAUGUUGUCUAUAAAGUAUGAAGAAAUAUUUGGUGAUCUUCUCGAUGAACAAAUUCGUAACCAGGAGGGAGAGCUUGGCACCGCAAAACUUGAUACGAGGUAUGAACCGAUAUUUGACUUCAAAUAACCCCUUGUGAAAAAAUACGCGAGCACGCGGGGAAACCAGAAAAUGCGAGAAAAGGUCCUCCAGGCGUCGUCUUUCCUUGCGGGUUAAGGUUUUUAAGCGCACUGAGGAGACCAAGUGCGGAGGCUUUGGAAAGUGCUCUCGAAAGCGGAAACGUCUGACAACGUUAACGGAAAUCUGCCUUUUAAGGAUGAAAGGGAAAAAAGCCUGGAAACAAAAACUAUGAGUAUGCAUGUUGCUAUUUUCAAAAUGAUCAGGGAAAAUGUCAUCUCUGAGACAUGGUACCCUUUUGAAGGUCAGUAAUACAAAAUUAGGUGAAAUUAGCCAGAACGUUCACUAUGAAGCGUGUCCUUUUGAGGCAAAAGACAGCAGAUGGCUUGUCAAGACUAUAAUAGUGCCUAAUUGUUGUUAACCUUGUUGCUUUGGUUUUUAGUGCAAAAACUUUACUUUUGUCCCUCUCUCUCACUGCCGCUGUAAAAGAGGGGAACGCUGCUGAAAAAAUACAAGAGGCCAUCUUGAAGAUGCUAGAUUUGAAAACAAUCGGUAAUCUGAGUGUAUUAAGUGUAAUUAUUAAAGGUAAGUUGUACAUCAUUAUGUUUUAUACACCGUAGCUGCUAAUUUCUACCAAGGAGGGAUAGUCUUCAGUUAUUUCGGCCUGUGUACAGACCCCCCUCCCCUCAAGGAAAAUCCUGAGGUGGGGGAGGGGGGACAGGCGUGUCUGUACACCGGCUACAGGUAUUUCAAACUCGUCCUUAAGCAAAGUCAUUUUCAAAGUUUUUUUAAAUGUUAUAGUACAUGAUGAGCUGCUAAAGUUGAGUCAGUAUUUCGUUGGCUUACGGUUUAUCGCUUUUAUUAUCAGCAUAUAUGUUACAGGUCAAAAUUAAAUUCAGGUUAAAAUUUUUUAACCUAGGUUGACUCUCAAUUUCCUUUGUCUUCUAGCCCUAAUUAUUCAUGAAUUAGGGCUAGGAGCAAAAGAAGAGUAAGAAUCAGCCUAGGUUAAAAAUUUUUAACCUGAAUUCAAUUUUGGCCUGUAACAUACAUGUAUACAAGGAAGCUUCGCUUUUAGGCUUGGCUAAAGCUAUAUAUAUUAAAACGGAUAUGGAUAUUUUAGAAGGAAACUGUUGUUGGUCUCGCUUGGAACUUAAGAGAAUCCCAAAAAAGUAUGGCUUUUUAUCUCCAGUAAAUAAAUGAAGGACGCGAACAAGUCUACAACGCACGGGCUAUAACAAUUGAACACUAUAUGCGCACGCGUGUUCACGCGUAACAAUACUGCAGUCAAACUGCUAACCCACAUUUUCUGUUGGUGACUUUUCUAGAUGUUCCACCUCCACCCCCUAAGAACUUCAAAGUGGACGAGAGCCUUGUAGGAGUAACAAGUGCUGUUGUUAAGUGGGAAACACCGCCUUACGCAGACGUGUACGAGAUCAGUGAAUACACCGUGCAGAGGAAACUUGUACUUGAUAACAGUGGGGAUUUUGUGACUGAAAAGGCAGUAAAAGUAGAUGUUAAUGAAUGGAAGCUUACCGGACUGGAGCCAGAUACAGCUUACCUGGUUCGAGUCGUUUCUCAUCGAAAGAACGCUCUUAAGGAAGCUGCAUCAGCUCCGCAGGAAUUUAAAACCGAGAAAGGUGCGUGAUAUGAAAAAUACAAUAUAAGUACCACAACGAAGAGCCCAUCAUCACGAGAUGUCCAUUUCUCAUGUAGGGCCUGCCGUGUGUUUAGGCUAUUUUUAGAUUAUCAUGCAGAAGAAACCCUCAGCCAAUCAGAACGAAUGCAAUGUUGAAUGAGCUCAGCAAAGUAUAUGGCAAACUCAGUUAGAAAGUUAAUCAAAUGCAAAGUUGUUAAAUUUUGUUUUGGAGUUUAGGAACAUCUGAAUCUGCUCGAGGAAACGGUAUGAAGAAGACCCGCUGUUGUGCGGACGCAUGUGAACACAGCGAUUCCAAAAAUCUAUAAAUAGAUGUUCAGUCUAACGCGCUGUGGUAAUCACCAGUAGUAACUCUGCUACUUCCUAGGGCCAUUCGGGGUUGACGGGCUACUGAUGGUAUAUCACUACUGUAUUUAUCUACAUUUCUAUUUUUCUCUACUUUUUCCAUUUUUUAUGUUUCCUUUUUUACGUUUAUUUUCCUCCGUUUAACCUUUUAUUUCUGCAGAUCCCACUCUCGCCAUUGUCCUUGGAAUUGUAGUCCCAGUGAUUGUGAUUGGAGUAAUUGUUGGUGUGUUUGUAUUCAUCAAGUACAGAAAAAGACCCAGGCAUGAACCGCCUGAAAGAAGGCUGACUAUGGACGAGGUAUAUCAUCGAAACUAAACACGUCUAUUGUUUAGAGUGUUUAAUAAAGACCUUUAUUAUUAUUAUUAUUAUUAUUAUUAUUAUUAUUAUUAUUAUUAUUAAAGUGACUUCAAUUUGAUUCGCACAUCAUGUUGUAAGUGGAGAAAAUCAUACGGCACGCUUUAGGCAUUACUGAUCCUACAGGCAUGCAGGACACGUGUCCAAUAUGAACCUUGAGUGUCGGUCUUUUCUCAGUGAAUUAAGGGCCGCCGUAUACCUUGUGUUUGGGAGAACUUAAGCGUAGAACUACACGCUCCCUUAUUGUUAAACUUACUAGCUGGCUAUUAGCUGAUAUCUAAUGAGAAGACGGGAGGUUCGGGUCUUGUUACAGUCAUCGUCAUCAUUAUUAGUCCUCUCCACGCCCAGUGACGCAUAUAUAUAUGCGUCACUAGGGCGCGACUCCUUCAACUUGGAACAGUACGUACUUGAUAAAUGUCAUCAGAAGCAACACAUAUACUAUAUUUGUGACAUGAAAUGGCAAAAGUCUAUAAGAUUUCUACCAGCUCUGAUAGUUUAUUCGGGAAUUUCUCCUCUCUCUAGUCAACUAUCUCAGUGCCGCGAUAUAAGCUGAUAUAAAAAUAUCAAGUUCGCUUAAUUGUUUUAAAAAUAUAAAAUCACAAAGAACUAUUUUCGGUCUUUUUUUUAGUUAGAAACAAGGGAUAGAAGAAGAAACCAUGACCAAUACGAUUACACCGGAAAUCGACUUGCUGUCGCCCUACCUGAAACAGAUUUUAAGCGGCAAUGGCUGGAAGUGCCACGUGCUUAUCUUAAAAUCGCGGACGAGUUGGGGUCGGGUGCCUUUGGUGUUGUGAGGAAAGGAUAUCUGAUGCGCAAUAAUAAAGUCAUUGAAUGCGCAGUCAAGAUGUUGAAGAGUAAGUAAAAAAUACAUCAUUAGGACUAUAAGAUUUAGUACCACCCUUAGACAAAUUAUCAUGUUUGUCUGAAGUUUCCUUUGCGUAAGAUAAAAUCGUCCCACGGAAAGGAAGCUAAGACAGUCUUGGAUUCUGGAUUGCACGCCGUGAAUUUCGGAUUCCAGGUACUGGAAUCCAGUUUCUUUGUCCGUGGAACUUGGAUUCAGGAUUUUAAUCGUUAGUGGGAUUCCUGGGAUUCCUUCCUUGUGUUCCGGAUUCCAAAGCCUAGGUUUCCGGAAUCCACAAGAAAAACUUCCCGGAUUCCAGUUUCCACAAACAAGAAUCUCCCGUCUACGGAGUCCUUUACACCGGGCGAAUAAAAAAUCACACUAAAAAGUGAAAUUAUAUUUUGCGAAUUUUGUUUAUAUCAUUUUUGUUCUGAUGUUGGUCUGCGAUAGCUGUUAAACGUUUUUCUAAUUUCAGAGCAAAAAGGAGCCUAUUUGCGCUCCACAUAGCUAUAUAGCUUACACUAAGAAGUGCGAGUUCGCUGGAAACAUUUUUGGCUUCAUUUAAUCCUUUUUCUAGAGCACGGUACGGUUACUGAGUUAAGAGACUUGUACAACGAACUCAACAUAAUGGCAUCUGUCGGCAACCAUCCAAAUGUUGUCAGUUUGAUUGGAGCAUGCUCAGAAGACGGUAAGUUCGAAUUGUUUGGUAAAUUAGAGGAUUUUUACUUUCUUCCGCCUCACCUCGCCCACCUCACCUUUGCGCGCUCACUUGCGCAUGCGCAUAAGGCCUGACCUUUACCUCAGUUUUAAACUCUUUAAAGGCUUUUUUUGAAGCUACAGACAAAAUUGAAGUCAGACUCAUAACUGGCUUCGAAGAGCACCUGUGACCUUAAAAGUGAAAAUCAAAAAUCUGAAUAAAUAAGACAGAAAAUUGUAACAACCAUCACGGCCUCAACAGCAAAAAGAAAGUGAAUUUGCGUUCUUUCAUACUUCAUCACGACUUUUCCAACUUGGUUUAGGCAAUUUAACCUGGGCCGGGUUGUUUAAGGCCAGGUUAAGACAACCCAGGGUUAGGGCGAAUUUUGAAGCAAAGUCAGUUUAAUUCUUUUUGUCUAUAAUUUGAUGAUAGACGCUCCAAAAAGAAUAGAGAAAACUGUCCGAAAAAAAUGUUUUUAACAAAAGAAAAAGAAAUCCUGACUGAAAUUAGAGCUAAUUGGCCUUCGAACAACUGGGCCCAGGAGAUAAAUUUUAGACACCAGAUCCAAGUAAGAAACAGGAACGAAAAUUUAUCUUUGUAAAACAAGGCCAAUAGAUUUUUCUGACAUUGUUGCGAUCACUUCUGUGGUUGCUUAAUCUCCGACCGUUUAUGAUUCUCUGCACCCUGGGUGCCAGAGACUUUUCUUGCACGAUUUCCGGUUUCUGUUAAGUCUUUAUAGUGUCCCACGCGUUUUUUCUCUCGGCUUCGCCGCUCGUAACUUCGGCCUACGGCCGGACAUGUGUCGGCCUUCGGCCAACACCGAAAAUUCCCGCCGCGCGCGAGAAAAAACUUCUGGUACCCAGGGUAGAUUCUCUGUCCUCUUCCCUUACUACAGGUCCUCUUUGGGUCAUCGUGAAGUUCGCUGAAAACGGUUGUCUGUUAGACUACGUCCGGAAGCGCCAAAGUCAGCCAGACUAUAUCAACACAGGGGAGGAGUCCGAUGAGUCAAAGGCACUAUCCAACUUGGAAAUAAUACGAUUAGCGGAUGGCAUCGCCAAAGGGAUGACCCACCUGGCUAAAGUCAAGGUAUGUUUGUAAUACAGUAUUGCACAGUUUGAUGAUGAUUGCUUAGUGACCAAGGGUCGGAAUCGGAGAGCCAGGGGGGGAGUGCGCUGAAGCUUGCAUUCGUAUAGCCUCCCACGCAGACGUUCUUAGGGGUUCGUCACGCGUUCCUGCCACACGACGAACCCCUAAGAACGUCUGCGUGAGAGGCUAGCAUUCCUACUGUAAUACACUUACUGUUUUUUCUUUGCAGUGUGUGCAUCGUGAUUUGGCCUGCCGGAAUGUCCUAUUAGGAAAGAACUAUAUUCCUAUGGUGUCGGACUUUGGACUUGCUCGUGAUAUUUACGAAAGUGGAGCAUACGAGACUACAUCCGGGGUAUGACAGUGUUUCAUUUUUUUUAACUUCUACUUCUUUUACAAGUGAAUGCAAAACCUGAGGAUAAAUUACAGCGGCUUUUCCCUGAAUGACAGGCUCAAAGUAGGAGGUGCAGAAUUUUAAGGGGCUCAUUCUCGCGGGCCCAAAUGUCCGUUGUUGUUCUCCAACUAGACUGUAAAGAAGGCGUUCUUUGCAGCACGAGUGAUAAUGCUAUUCUUAGGACUAAUUUUCUCCCGCAAUCUUGGAUGUUGAAACUGACAGAGAGAAGCGACGACCGGAAAUGCGUCUGCUGUUCGCAGGCUAACAGAGAGUUGGCGCGAUAAAAAAAUUAUUCCAGGGGAGAGGACCACGAGGAGGAGAGGGGAGGGAGAGGGAAAUAACGCUUUCUUUGUAGGCUAUUCUCUAUCCAGCGAAUGUUUCGCUGCCUAUUUUCGCACAAGUGAUAGAAUAAAUAGAAUUAGUAAAAUCCAACUAGUGGUCUAUUAUCAAUGCUGCGUUCUGAUUGGUUGAACUUCUACCAGACUAUCAUGUUAUAGCCCACUACAGUCAAUUCUCUCUAAGACGGACACCUUUGGGACCGGCACUAAUUGUCCGUCUUAGAGAGGUGUCCGUCUUAUAGAGGGUCAAAUAAAAGGAGUAAAGAAAGGCAGGGACCAACUCUAAGUGUCCGUUUUACAGAGGUGUCCGUUAAGAGAGAGUCGACUGUAGUAGCGAAAAGCGCCGGCUUUGAAAACCGAAAAAAUGGCGGCUGAAGCGAGUUUUGCUAGCUAAAGCUGUUUUGUCUCGAUAUUUUUGACCAACUAGUUGGAUUUUACUAAAACAAUUAUUCCUCUCGUCCUCAUGGCCUCUGAGUCAAUAGCCCAUUCGGCCUUCGGCCUCAUGGGCUAUUAACUCAGAGCCUAUUCGAGCUCGAGGAAUAAUUGUUAACUAUAUCUCCCGCAAAAAUUCGUACACUCCUCUGUCCCUCUUGAAUUCAUCGAAAUAUAACCUCCUUGCAGGGGAAACUGCCUGUCAGAUGGAUGGCGCUGGAGUCGUUGCAGGAUUAUUCCUAUACUUCAGAAAGUGAUGUGUAAGUGACAGCUACGGUUAAACCCCAUUAAGUCUCAAGAGUUGCCAGUGUCAAUAUUCUCUGAACAAUAUAAAUACUUCAUCAAGAGAAAAGUUUAUGAGAAUUAAUGAAAUGAUCAGUGAAGAGAAAAUGCUUUGAUCUCUCCUCAAACUCUCUCUCGUCUACUUCUUCAAAGAAAUGUAUGGCGACCACUCUGGAGAAUUUUCCUCUGGAUAUUGGGACUUAAGGAGUCAAUCGACCAUCUUUGGGACACGGAAAUUUGCUCGUAAUAACGAGAUAGAUUGUCGAAUGAGAAAUUCAUUCAACUUUUGUUAGUCAGAAAGGAAGUAGAUGCAAUUACGAGGUCAUGGUGGUUUCGGUAUAGUUAAUUACUCGUAACUCUUUACCAACGAGUGGGAGUGUUUUAUGAGGUUUCUAAAACCCGAGGUGCAACCAGAUCUUUGAAGCGUGAUAAAGUAGGAACUGCACCUGUUGUAAACAGGAUAAGAAACGUCCAUUAUUCAUCUGUACACAUUGUUACAACAAUCCUGUCGCUAAUUAGUUAUCAUUUCACUGCAGAUGGUCCUUUGGCGUCGUUCUUUGGGAAAUAGAAACUGGAGGUAGGAAAUGCCUUCUCUCUUUGCUUACUAUAACGGUAAAAAUCACAUGGAUUAAUCCCAUGAGUAAAAGGCUGUGGAGUGGGGGGUGGCGGUGGGGUGGGCACAGGGGGCUCAAACCUCCCGCCUCCUGUACUCCUCCCGUCUCCUAUUCUCCCGUGCUCCCACCCCCUGUCCUCCCCCACCUUAUAAGGGACCUGCCGUCAGAUUAGUUAUCCCCGGAUUUCAAUGAUGACUUACUUGAGUUGUUUUUCGGUAAUCGCUCAUAUAUUACCACCUAGCCUACUUGCUACAUUGAACACAUAAUCUUGAGUGUUUUUGUUUUUGCUUCCUAUGUUCAAUUUUCCACCUCAUAACCAUUUGUAUUACGAACAAUGGCGAUAGUGAAAAGAUUUACACUAAUUACUAAACGAUACAUGUAUAACAUGGAAAUUUCUACUUCUUUUUCUUUUUUUAUUGCCAGGCAAAGUUCCUUACGCUGCCCUUGGAGGGCAGGAGAUUGUAAAGUUAUUGAAAACAGGAGAGCGACUUCCAAAACCUGAAGGAUGCAGUGACGAAAUGUAAGUAAACAUUGAAUACAAUCCAAAGAGGAUUUAUCUCUUCCAGCCCACGGCAAAAAGUGGAAUCUGUAUUCUAUCAUGGAGUACUAACUGUACCCGUUUGCCCUGCAGAAAGCUUUGAAGUGGUGGUUAGGAGGAUAUAUAGAAAGAGAGGCUGACAUCCGGGAUGUUGUUUUGGUAUCUUUCGUAUGGGAGAGGGAAACCAGGAAUGUGCAGACAAGCGAUAAUUUACGUGAACUGGCAUGUUUGUUGUAGAAAGUCAAAGAACAAUAAUACCACCUGAAAGACAAGACAGAAUUAAACUUAUCUGGAAGGCCGAUCUAGUUCGACUUUGACGAUGAUGAUACGUACCUUAAGUCUAAGCCUUCAUCUCGGGUUACGGCCGUUGUUUAUUUAGGAUUGUAGUUGUUUUUAGUGCACUCUAAUCAGUAUUAAAUUUGUCUUAAAUUGUUUCAGCUAUGAUAUGAUGGUCAAGUGCUGGCAUCCGAACCCAAAAGAAAGACCGACGUUUCAAGAGCUUGCUCGUGCAAUGGACAGUUUGCUGUCUGCCGAGGCCGUAAGGGCAUUUAAUAACUUGAAUUCAUAGUCAGGAAGUCAGUUAGCCGUUCAGCACUUCCGCUACUCGAACAUGCGAUCGAUUAGUCAGCUAUAGCCAGUCAUUCAGCCAGCAAGUCAGUCAGUCUGUCAAGCGUUAAGCUAGUCAGUUAGUCAGAGAGUCAGUGAGACAGUAAGUCAGCUAGUCAGUCAAUCAGUCAGUCAGCCAGUAAGUUAGUCACUGAGUGAGUCAGCCACUCAGUGAGUCAGUCAGUCAGUUAGGCUGUCGUUAAGCCAGUCAGUAGGUCAUUCAUUCAUUUAGUCGGUCAGUCAGUCAGUCAGUCAGUCAGUCAUUGAGUCAGUCAUUCAUUUAGUCAAUCCGUCAGUCAGUCAGUCAGUCGGCGGUCAGCCAGUUAGUUAGUCAGUCAGUCAGCUAGUCAGUAAGCCAGUCGGUCAGCCAUUCAUUUAGUCAGUAAGUCAGUUAGUUAGUUAGUCAGUCAGUCAGUCAGUCGUUCAGCCAGCCAGUCACACAGUCAGUCAGUCAGUCAGUUAGUCAGUAAGCCAAUCAGUCAGUCAGUCAUGCAUUUAGCCAGUUAAAAGAUUUGGUUGUAUCAACUGAGUUUAUAAGGUACAUUGGCUGCCGUAGGAAAAAGGAGAAGCUAAAGUUUCUAACGCUUGCCCUUCACUCUGACGCUCAACUAAUCAAAUUAGCAGUCGAUAAGUCAGCUGAACAGUCUUGGCAAUCAGUUAGUCAUCCAAUUGAUUUUUAUCCUUUUUUAGGAUUACCUCGAGAUACUAAGCGAAGAUCCGACCGAGACCGAAGAGGACCAACACUAUGAUGAAGUUCAGUUUGAUAGAAUUCCUGAAGACUAUUUUUGGCCGUCAGAACUGCGCAUCCACGAUCCAGAGGCAUUACCAGCCAAAGGCCAGGUUGCACAGCGAAGUCUUGAAAAGGACGUUCCGAGAGGAGGAGAGGAUACUGGGUUCUAA